AAAAACAGGUAAAUUCUCAUACACGUCAAUGGCAAAGGCCUGUCAAAACAAAUAAAAAAUUCUCAGUAAAAACCCACCUCACUCGAUCAUGUCCAAACAAACCCCCACGUACUUCGUGACCCAAACAAACCCCGAGAUCUUCGAGGUGACUCCACGCCCCGGCGGCCAUCUGAAGAUCGACAUCCCCCCCAAGGUGAACAAACUCGCCGAAAAUGCAGCGAAGGCCGCUCAAGUGGAUAAAAACUCAUCAACGAAAAGACGGUCGGCCAACAAGAUACGGCCCGUGAAACAGACAAAGACACCGUCGGAAACGGACGCGCCCACUAGGAAGAGCCUCCUCACCGUCACCACCACUUCCAACACCGCCAAAGAACUGGAUAUCGAUUCUUGUCCCAGAGAGUUCAAAGUGAAGCAGAUCAUCGCCGCCACCCCGUGGUCCGUCGAAUUCGAUGAAUAUCUGGAACCGCCCGAGGACCUAAAGAGGAUCCCGGAUCCGUUCCAGGAUUCCGUGGACAUGCUCGCGAUGUCCAUCAGCGUCAUUAUGCUCCUGGCAAGGGGAUACCAAGGGAUCACCGAGACGCAUUACAAAUGGAUCUGGAGUUAUUUGGAGUGUAUCAAGGAUGAGUUCGGGAAGACUCCCCCGAAUGUCCAAGGGGUGUUGAAUCAUAUUAGUGAGGCCACCGGGGGGAAAAUCGUGUCUUUUCUGGAUGAGGACGAUGACGACUUGAAUGUUACGUCACCCGUGAAGCUUGACGAGGGGCCAGCGGACGACGCGCCUGCAGAGGAAUAAUUGUAUGAAUAUUUUCGAAUAAAUAAUAAUAAUAAUAAUAAUAAUAAUAAUAA